CUCCUACGUUACCGUAGACACUUCGGUAGACACGGCCCUCUUUUAAAGUUCCUGGGGGAAGAGUGGAGGGACCCGGACAAGCCGAAGGAAAGGGGCCAAGCUUGAGCAAGGGGAUACAUAUUUACACAUUAUUCACCCCCAGGAGCACUCGCGGAUAACCGAAGACAAGCUAAGGUGCAACACGGAAAACCAAGGUCUUGACUACCCGAGAACGUCAGAAAAUAAAGAAAAUGGCGGAGCCAGACAAAUUAAACAUCGACUCUAUAAUUCAGCGUCUCUUGGAAGUCAAGGGCUCUCGACCGGGGAAGAAUGUCCAACUGACAGAGGGUGAGAUCCGUGGCCUUUGCCUAAAGUCCCGUGAAAUCUUCCUGAGCCAGCCAAUCUUGCUUGAACUAGAAGCUCCCCUCAAAAUCUGUGGCGAUGUCCAUGGUCAGUACUAUGAUCUGCUCCGACUGUUUGAAUAUGGAGGCUUCCCCCCAGAAAGCAACUACCUGUUCCUGGGUGACUAUGUAGACCGAGGGAAGCAGUCACUGGAGACUAUCUGCCUGCUUCUAGCCUACAAGAUCAAAUAUCCAGAGAACUUUUUCCUGCUGCGUGGAAACCAUGAAUGCGCUUCUAUUAAUCGAAUCUACGGCUUUUAUGACGAGUGUAAGCGACGGUAUAAUAUUAAGCUGUGGAAGACCUUCACAGACUGCUUCAACUGUUUACCUGUGGCUGCCAUUGUAGAUGAGAAAAUCUUCUGCUGUCAUGGAGGCCUCUCUCCUGAUCUUCAGACUAUGGAGCAGAUCCGCAGAGUAAUGCGACCCACAGACGUGCCUGACCAGGGUUUGUUGUGUGACCUGCUGUGGGCUGAUCCAGACAAAGAUGUGCUGGGCUGGGGUGAAAACGACCGUGGUGUCUCCUUCACAUUCGGGGCAGAUGUGGUUGCCAAGUUUUUGCAUAAACACGACAUGGACCUAAUAUGCAGAGCACAUCAGGUGGUAGAAGACGGUUAUGAGUUUUUUGCAAAGAGGCAACUUGUCACCUUAUUCUCUGCUCCCAACUACUGUGGAGAGUUUGACAACGCCGGUGCCAUGAUGAGUGUGGAUGAGACACUCAUGUGCUCCUUCCAGAUUCUGAAGCCAGCAGAUAAAAAAUUGUAUCCUUAUGGCACAGGAGGAAUGGGAUCUGGGAGACCGGUCACCCCGCCACGAAAUUCAGCCAAGGCCCCCAAGGCCAAGAAAUAACAGCCGCUGGAUCCCCCUCCCACAACCUGCCACCUUCCUCUCUGCCCAACACUUUAUUUUUUUUAUUUUUUUCCCCUCUCUACAUCCCCAGACUUGUUUUUCCCUUGUCACCAUACGGCAAGAAAGCAGAAAAGUGUCUGGGGUUCAAUCAUGUUUUGUUUUUUUUCUCUCUAAAACAAUUUUUAACUGUUUGUUUGGCUGUUGGCGUGCUCUUUUUUUUUUUGUGUGUGAGUGUGUAAAGAAAGUGAGAAUGAUACAGAGGAAAUUGCUGUAUUCUGUAUGUAUGUUUUAUUUUUCUUCCUCCUGUACCCUCUGUUUUCCUGUUGUAAAUAUGGGUUCUUGCUCAUCUGUGAUGUAAUGUCAAACCUGGGUGCAGGGGAGGAAGGGAAGGGGGAAAGAGAAAGAGGAGCCUUAGCUGUUUAUGUUAAGGCCCUGCACUGUUUAAUGCUAAACACAAACUUUUGUACAUGGUGUUUUAGAGGUCUGUGUGAUGGAUGGGUAGGGGGUGGGGGGGGUGGGAUCAAGUUCCACGGUCAAAUGGUAACGGCACAUACCACACGCACUGGGCGCACAGGUGGAUGUAUGUGCAGGUGAAUCUUUGAAUGAAAUUGAUUCACAAUGAGAUCCUUUUUUUUUUUUUCUCUUCCCUUUUCGAAAACCAAUGAUUUGAGAACGCAGUCAUGGAUGUGAAAUAGUUUUGCUUCUAUUUCUUUUCUUUUUCUUUUUUUUUAGAUACAUGAAACUGACAUGAGAUAAUUUCCUUUUUUUUUUUUCUUGUUUUUAGGUCACUAAAAGUUAAAGAUGAAUAAAAAUAACCAUUUAUUUGAGUCAUGCCAUCAUGCUGUUCACUUUGUGUUUGCCAUUGCUUUGUCAUGUUCGUCAGCAACCUUUGCCAUGCAUAGUGGCUACGCUUGUCUUUUGAGUGUGGAAUUGACCAUACAGCAGCUUAAAGAGAUCUUAUGAAUUAGACUCACCAUAAUGUAGAUGCUGGAAAGUGUAAAUUUGGGCCAGUUUAUACUUCGUUAAAACAAAGUGGCAUUUCACACUUUGCUUUAGUGUGAUUUAGCCAAAGAUGAUGAUCCGUGACUAUAGAGAGGACAGCCCAAAGCUGGUCUCGGAACCAGAUGUUGCCCGUUUUAUCACAAAAAUAGAUAUUUGGUUAGAUAACUCUUCAAUGCAAAAAUUUCUUUUUUUUUCCUUUUCCAAAUGAUUGUUGGGUGAAUAUGAAGUACAAUUAGUUAAUUAACUUAGCAGGAAGAUUUAGAGGGUCAACAAGUGAAUGGCUCUGUCACUGAGCUUGUGUUGCUUAAUGCCUCACAACACUCCAGAAUUUCUCACACAUAAUGCAAUAUCACCAUGUGCUGUUCAUGUUCCACAAGUAGACACCACUAUUUAUCUGGCAUUUAAUAUGUAGUGAACUUGAACAGAGUAUACUCUAGACGCCUACUGUACUGAGGAGGAAGUGGCUUAAAGGUUUUCCAUAUUCUGUGAUCAAAGGCAAAACUAUCAAAGGGGGGUGAGAUGGUGAAUCAUUGCUCUGACCUUUCCAGUUUGAAGUGCUCUGUUUAAGACCACUUCAGUUGAGUCCGUCAUAAAAACAAAGCGUGGGCUUAUUUUAAUCUAAACCCACACCGAAUGAGGGUUGCAUAGAAGCUACAACUGGAGAACUAAACAGCUGUUGGAUGAAACUAAGUAAUAGACAGUCCUUUAAACGUGAUGGGGAGUCAGAGCACAAAAUCAUUGUUUUACUAUAAACAUGAAAAUAUACUUAAGGUAAUCAUGUACAGUAAAUUCCCAGUCAAUCUAGUUUAACGUUUAGGUUGUGACAGGUAAUUCCCAGGUGAACAGUUACCACUGUAUAGAAAUUGGUAAAUAAUUUUGUAUGCUUCUGAUUGUGCUGUGUAAAUGAUAUGAGCAAGAUAAUUGCAAUUGCUUGUGACAGCAAUCCUCAUUCUGACUUGCUUUAGUUUAGCAGCUUACUGUUGAAAGAAGCAUAAAGAGCCAUAGACUGAGAGAAUCAAAUCAUUUAAAAAAUAUAUAUAUACAUGGAUCCUCUGCCAACUGUGAACCCCAAGACAUCACAGUCACGCUGACUGAAUUUAGAUUCAAAAAUAAACUUUUUGCCUGUUUAUGCAGGCUUUUUUUUAAAAUAAGAUAUAUCACUACAGUAAUGUCACACAUGGGCCAUUUUGCAUUCCCUCUACUGUACAUCAAGUUGGCAAACAGGGUGUCCCCAGUGAAAGCAGUCCGUACAGCACAGGCUGUUGCAACUGGUAAAAAUAUUUCUUUCUACAGUGUUUCAGGGUAUCUCACUGCCCAUUUCUAAAACCCAAACACACUUUACCCUCCAUUUGUCUGCUGUCUGUCCUCAUUCUUCAGCCCUCCGCCCAAGUAUGAACACAUGCGACCACAGCUCUCCAGAUUGCAAAGGCAGUAAAUAUUGGAGUUGAGUGCAGUGCAUAAGCACAUACUUAAACAGAGGGUGGGGAAGCUGCAUUCAGCUGUCAUCCUGCCACACUGUUCUCCCUCUAGCAGGAGGUUUUCAACUCAGUACCUCAGAAAAUAAAUGUUUUUUAAAAAUCAAAUCAAUGUAAUUAAGCUUUAUUUAGAAUCAUGUGUGGCUUUUUAACAACUCACGUACAGCGCAAAUAUUGCGUAAGACAGGGCAGGUGAAAUAAUAAAAAUAGCAGUCGGACCUCAUCUGUGCUCAUGUUCAAUUCACAUCCAGUUAGAUCAACUCAGGAAGUGAAAUGAAAAUAAAAAUAAAUGGACUGAGGAUAUUGUAUUUAUAUUCAUAUUGUAAGUAAAAUACAUCAAAAGACACUAUUAUUACAUUAUUACAGGAUAUUCACAAGUCAGAUGACUUGCAGUUUCUGUUCACGGUUUAAGGUGGCUACAUUGAAAUGAAUUGAGCCCAACCGUGGCAUGCUGAUGAGUCUACUGGGGAACAAUGUUCAGAGUGUUCUGUUGUUCUGAAGGUCAUUUUCAAGCCCACCUUUUGUGGAUAAUAUGAUGCAGAAAGAGAUUUGAAAAUGUACAGAAAUGUAUUCAAGUCUUUUAGGAUAAUAAAAAGUUAAUUCAAGGCGUGAGCGCCAUGAUGUUGUGGAGACCAUGUCCAAUAGAUUAUGUCUUCAACAAUGCAAAACAAUUAAGUGUCUCCUGUAAGAGGUAAUACAGUGCUGAAACAUCACGGAACUUGUAGAUAUUUGUCUUCUAUAAUAAAUGGUCCAAUAAAGACCACUUCCAUUUCCAUUUUCAUAGCUGUACAAACCUCGCUUAUGUAUUUUUUGUUACUCUAUAUUUACUGUUGUCAUUACCUCUAAGAAUCUGGUAUUUAAUGACUUUUUUGUUCAUAUUGUUUUCACUGACACAUUUUAACGCUAGAUACUGCUGGCUUUUUAGUGUAGGAUUUUUUUAAUCAAUCAGGGAUGUUUUGCACCAUGCACUGUUGCUGGGUAGAUAUGAAAUGAUUAGAUUAUUAUAAUUAAGGAAAAGAAACAACAGAAAAUAAAGGUAUUUUUUAUUUGUAUUUCAUUUGUUUUCAAAUCAAUCACAAGUUGUCUCUGUUACAAGGUAGAAAUAAAACAUGGAAUUUGUA